GCCCCCCGCCCUCCGCCUCCGCCUCCCCCCGCCCUCCGCCUCUCUUCCCCCUCCCCGCCCAGCAGCGGUCGCUCGGGCCCCGGCUCUCGGUUAUAAGAUGGCGGCGCUGAGCGGCGGCGGCGGCGGCGGUGGCGCGGAGCAGGGCCAGGCUCUGUUCAACGGGGACAUGGAGCCCGAAGCCGGCGCCGCGGCCUCUUCGGCUGCGGACCCUGCCAUUCCCGAGGAGGUGUGGAAUAUCAAACAGAUGAUUAAGUUGACGCAGGAACAUAUAGAGGCCCUAUUGGACAAAUUCGGUGGGGAGCAUAAUCCGCCAUCAAUAUAUCUAGAGGCCUAUGAAGAAUACACCAGCAAGCUAGAUGCCCUCCAACAGAGAGAACAACAGUUAUUGGAAUCCCUGGGGAAUGGAACUGAUUUUUCUGUUUCUAGCUCUGCAUCAACGGACACCGUUACAUCUUCUUCCUCUUCUAGCCUUUCAGUGCUACCUUCAUCUCUUUCAGUUUUUCAAAAUCCCACAGAUGUAUCACGGAGCAAUCCCAAGUCACCGCAAAAACCUAUCGUUAGAGUCUUCCUGCCCAAUAAACAGAGGACAGUGGUACCCGCAAGAUGUGGAGUUACUGUCCGGGACAGUCUAAAGAAAGCUCUGAUGAUGAGAGGUCUAAUCCCAGAGUGCUGUGCUGUUUACAGAAUUCAGGAUGGAGAGAAGAAACCAAUUGGCUGGGACACUGAUAUUUCCUGGCUCACCGGAGAGGAAUUGCAUGUAGAAGUGUUGGAAAAUGUUCCACUUACAACUCACAACUUUGUACGGAAAACUUUUUUCACAUUAGCAUUUUGUGACUUUUGUCGAAAGCUGCUUUUCCAAGGUUUUCGCUGUCAAACGUGUGGUUAUAAAUUUCACCAGCGCUGUAGUACAGAGGUUCCACUGAUGUGUGUUAAUUAUGACCAACUUGAUUUGCUGUUUGUCUCCAAGUUCUUUGAACACCACCCAAUACCACAGGAGGAGGCCUCCAUAGCAGAGACCGCCCUUACAUCUGGGUCAUCCCCUUCUGCCCCCCCCUCCGACUCUACUGGGCCCCAAAUUCUCACCAGUCCGUCUCCUUCAAAAUCCAUUCCAAUUCCACAGCCUUUCCGACCAGCAGAUGAAGAUCAUCGAAAUCAAUUUGGACAACGAGACCGGUCCUCAUCAGCUCCAAAUGUGCAUAUAAAUACAAUAGAACCUGUCAAUAUUGAUGACUUGAUUAGAGACCAGGGGUUUCGUAGUGAUGGAGGAUCAACCACAGGCUUGUCUGCCACCCCCCCUGCCUCAUUGCCGGGCUCGCUCACUAAUGUGAAAGCAUUACAGAAAUCUCCAGGGCCUCAGCGGGAAAGGAAAUCAUCUUCAUCUUCAGAAGAUAGGAAUCGAAUGAAAACACUUGGCAGAAGGGAUUCAAGUGAUGAUUGGGAGAUUCCUGACGGCCAGAUCACAGUGGGACAGAGAAUUGGAUCUGGGUCAUUUGGGACAGUCUACAAGGGAAAAUGGCAUGGUGAUGUGGCAGUGAAAAUGUUGAAUGUGACAGCACCCACACCUCAGCAGUUACAGGCCUUCAAAAAUGAAGUAGGAGUACUCAGGAAAACUCGGCAUGUGAACAUCCUGCUCUUCAUGGGCUAUUCAACAAAGCCCCAGCUGGCUAUUGUCACCCAGUGGUGUGAGGGCUCCAGUUUGUAUCACCACCUCCACAUCAUCGAGACGAAAUUCGAGAUGAUCAAGCUUAUAGAUAUUGCACGGCAGACUGCGCAGGGCAUGGAUUACUUACACGCCAAGUCAAUCAUCCACAGAGACCUCAAGAGUAAUAAUAUUUUUCUUCAUGAAGACCUCACAGUAAAAAUAGGUGAUUUUGGUCUAGCCACAGUGAAAUCUCGAUGGAGUGGGUCCCAUCAGUUUGAACAGUUGUCUGGAUCCAUUUUGUGGAUGGCACCAGAAGUAAUCCGAAUGCAAGAUAAAAACCCAUAUAGCUUUCAGUCAGAUGUAUAUGCAUUUGGGAUUGUUCUGUAUGAAUUGAUGACUGGACAGUUACCUUAUUCAAACAUCAACAACAGAGACCAGAUAAUUUUUAUGGUGGGACGAGGAUAUCUAUCUCCAGAUCUCAGUAAGGUACGAAGUAACUGUCCGAAAGCCAUGAAGAGAUUGAUGGCAGAGUGCCUAAAAAAGAAAAGAGAUGAGAGGCCACUCUUUCCCCAAAUUCUUGCCUCUAUUGAGCUGCUGGCCCGCUCAUUGCCAAAAAUUCACCGCAGUGCAUCAGAGCCCUCCUUGAAUCGGGCUGGCUUCCAGACGGAGGAUUUUAGUCUCUAUGCUUGUGCUUCUCCAAAAACACCCAUCCAGGCAGGGGGAUAUGGCACCUUAAAGGAAGAUUCUGCCUAGCUGUCAAAUUCUGGUUCCUGAACAUCCAGUCCCUCCCGGAUUGCACUUAGAUCUCGUAGGAUGUACCGGGGCACCCUAGAAAAUAAAACGCCGUAUGAAGCUUAUAUGUUACGUUGGUGUUGGUGUUGGAAGAGAAAGAGCAUAUUGUAUAGUUACAAAGAGGUGAUCAAGACUUCAGCACUGUCAACCAGAAACUGUAAAUAUUCCCUCGAUUCUCCUCUGGUGCAGUCCCCACGCUCCUCGCACCUGAUUGUUCUCUUUCGGUCACUGGGCAGUGCCGGGGCUGCCACACCCCCUCCCCACACACACCCCCUGCCCGGCCCUGCCUGCCCUCCUGUGCACUCGCUCCCCGGCCUGGUGUGGCCGCCGUCUAGCUUUAGUUUGAAGCACAUUGCAGGGUUCAGGUGACCUCUUCAAAAAACUACCUCCUCAGGAUGAGGUAAUGAAUGGUUAUUUAUUUUGAGAUAUGAGAAGUCAGGAGCUCUAGAACAUGAAGAUGAUUUAAGAUUUUAACUUUUAGGUGUACUUGUAUUCGAGCACUCUCAUUUUGUCCUAAAGGGCAUUAUGCGUUUCAGCAGUAAUACUGAAAACGUAGCCCAGAGUUUCUGAACGUUGUUGCAGGUGGUGCCAGAAUCCGUUUAGGGGUGCGCUUCUGAACCUUAACCUUAAGUCAGUUGCAUGAAAUUAAAUAGUUACAGUAAUAGUUCACUAACAGGGAGACACUUUUCAUUUCCAGUAGGCUUGGCAAGAUGGCACAUCUGCAUAAUGAGUUAGCCGCAGCUUCAUCACAUGCACAGGCCCAUCUGUAGAAAGACCGCCCGGCGAAGAGGGUGGGAUGAUGCCCCUGAUACUCUUUUUGUCUGAGUUGGCAUCGUUAGCGCUAGAAUAUCAGCACCUUGGGACUAGCAGAUUCCAACCGUUAGGCUAUAAAAAAAAAAAAAAAAGUAACCAGAUAUAGAAAGUUUGCUGUAUGAACAGCAGAGAGCUUAGAGAUCAUACACUGAAAAUGGUGUAGGUGAGGCUCUAGAAAAAUACCUUGACAAUUUGCCAAAUGAUCUUUACUGUGCCUUCACGAUGCAAUAAAAAGCUAAAAUUUUAGCAGAAAUCAGUGAUAUGUGAAGAGAGCAGCCACUCUGGUCUAACUCAGCUAUGUUAAUAUUUUAUAGAGCGCAACGUAGACUGCAAAGAUCAGUGCACUCACGGGUUUAUAGCCGAAAUCACAUUUAAAAAAUGAGAAAACACAGGUAAAUUUUCAGUGAACAAAAUUAUUUUUUUAAAGCACGUAUUCCCUAGUAGAGUCAGAUAUAUUUAUCACAUAGAGCAAGUAGGUUGCAAAUUAUAGUUCAGUGACAUUUCUAGAGAAACUUUUUGUACUCCAAUAGGUUCUUCAAAGCAUGGAACUUUUAUAUAACAGAAACGUUUGACAGACAUUUUAAGGAGUUGCUGUCGUUUGCGGUUGGAAAUACUGUAUGCUGGGCAGCAGCCCCUUCUCCAGAGCGAGAAGGAAGAAGCUAAUAACAUAGAGGAUGGAAUCUGAUUUUAUCACUUUCCAGAUCACUGCCAACCUAAACAGUGAUUUUUCAGAGUUUAAAAUGUAAACUGGCCUCCCAGGACUUCUUUGCAAAUUAAGUGGGGCUGUCCUGCUAAUGCUGUUCGGGGUGCCAUGGCGGGGGGGGCCUUUAAGCAGGGGCAUGGGGGCAGUUAGGGACGCGGCCAGUGGGUGUGAAUGGGAUGUGCUCAAUGGUGCACAUUUUCUGUCUUGUUUCAUUCCCUGCCACCCCCAGCAAGGGCCCUGGACCGUCUCCAGUGGGCUCUCUGGCUGGUGUACUAAGUUGUGUUGCUGAUGCCCGCGGGUUGUUGAGCCCCGAGGAGGCGGUAUCUCUGCCCGGGCUGUAUAUUGGCCAGAGGAGAGGGAGGUGGCCAGUGUGCUGCUAGCUGGUAAGACAGAAUGCUGGUGAGCCUUUUGUCCAGUCAGCACACUAGACAGCAAGCUUUGUUUGGUUGUUUUCCGGUAACUUAUUUUCACUCCUGUUCGGGCAGACAUUGAAAUUGAAACUGAGUCCUAAAUUUUGCCAGUGGCAGAAAGGGUAAUUAACGGUUUCUAUCAGGAUUUUUAAGGUAGAGGAGGACAGAAACAUGAAGUCCUGCCAUCUUAAAGCAACAGUGCUUUAUUUUAACAUGCGUAAGGAUCGUUCGUCCCCACCUGAAAAGAGUGAUUAGGUAGAUCUUUUAUUUCAACAUCCACAACUUCAGCUGUUAAUUUCUUAAUCCUUUUUUAUUUACAUUUUUUAUCCUUUGACCCCUUCUACCCAACUGUUUAGUUUUAUUAAUUACUAAAUUAGUUUUAUUAAGAUGUUUAAUUUUAUUAAAAUGUAUAACUUUAUUUAAGAGAAUUCAGUUCUGACUAAUUGUAGUGCAUGAGGACACAGCCAGCAUGUCUGGCGUGUAUGUCUGUGCGUGUGUAUGUAUGUGUGUGUGAUGCGUUUGUGUCUUAGGACUCUAUAGGUCGAAGUACUCUUGGAAAGCAGCUGAAAUGUUUGUUCGUGUUAGUGCCCGAAACAAGCUGUGGGCGAGCACCUGCCGUGCCCGCAGGCCGAGCACACCGCCCAGCGCUGCGGGCAGCUGGCCGUGGUCACCGUGUGGGGGGACCAGGCGGCAAAGUCGCGGCAGAGACGCGGCAGAGGAGGGCUUCUGCUUACAGGGGUGGAGACGGGGUUACAAGUUACUUCAGUAUCAGUUUUGUGUUGAAAGUGAUUCUGCGUUGCAUCUGUGCGUUAAGCCUUUUUUAACCCACGCGUGGUUUGGUGGAAGAAACUUGAGACUAGCGUAAGCAGCAGAACUCGCGGAGUCGGCGCACACGUAGGGAACGUGGACCAAAUGGGAGGUGGGAGGGUGUGGGAGUAAGUGUGGGGCUGGGGAAAAGUUGAUGUGACGGUGGGAAAUAAACUAUAAUUACCUGAAAUAAAAUGUAAGAGUGCAAUAAGUGCUUUUUAUUCUAAACUGUGAACAGUUUUUUAAAAGAAAUCAUUCCUUCCUCAUACAUUUGUGUAUGUUCCAUAUCUGAUGACAACCAGCUGUGGAAACAUAAUGCCUUUUUAGUCCUGUUAAUUACCAACAUAAGUGGCUGACCUUUAUGUCUUAUUUAUCUUCAUGUUCUAAUAGUUUACAUACAGGAGUGUGUGUGCGUGUGUGCAUGUGUGUGUGUGUGUGUGUGUGUGUGCGCGCGCGCGCCAUAUUCCCCUCCUCCGUUUGGAAGUGCAUUCAUUGGGUCCUCUGUUCUUCCUUUGGCCGUGCCACACAUUAUGUUCUUGAUUUGGCCUUCCUGAUGCGGCCUGAUUUGAAGGACUAUCACAGUGCUCUAUUUUUGUGGUGUUCUCUCAUGUUAGUUGCACACUCUGACGCUUUCCUCGCUCAGUAGUGGCUUUCUUAGGAGCGUACAGCUGACGAGGGGACUGAAUUUCACCAUUCCUCGACAUACGUCCCUUUGAAUUCUAGUUCAGUACUUAGGAUUACUCUUUGGUUUAAACCAAGAAAAAGGAAAUCACCCCCCUUUUCAUUUACUUCUUGGUUUGAGGACAGUUCUUCUAGAAAGGGAGAGGAGAGGGAAGUCCUUCGCGUUUUAACUGCAGUGAAUUAACGGCUCCUGGUUUAGCAGUCCGAACCUUACGGCCAUUCACAUUCACAUUCCUCUCUCUCUUACAGCCAAAGGUUGGUUUGGCUUUAGUUCGCUUCGGUUCCACUCAAGCAUUGAAAAGGUUCUCAUGGAAUCUGGGGUGUGCCCAGUGAAAAAAAUGGGGACUUUUAAAUUGUCCACAGACCUCUUUAUACCUGCUUUGCAAAAAUUACAAUGGAGUAACUAUUUUUAAAGCUUAUUUUUCAAUUCAUAAAAAAGACAUUUAUUUUCAGUCAAAUGGAUAAUGUCUCCCCCUUGUCCCUCAAUCCUCAAUGUUUGCUUGAAUCUUUUUUCCUCUUUUUUUUUUUAAUCUUCCCUGUACCCACUCCUCAAUACUUUGGUUCUUUCCUGCUCAGGUCCCUUCAUUUGUACUUGGGAGUUUUUCUCAUGUAAAUUUGUACAAUGGAAAAUAUUGUUCAGUUUCGAUAGAAAGCAUGGAGAAUUAAAAAGAUAGCUGAAAUUCAGAUUGAAGAGAUUUAUUUCUGUGUAAAGUUAUUUAAAAACUCUGUAUUAUAUAAAAGGCAAAAAGUUCUAUGUACUUGAUGUGAAUAUGCGAAUACUGCUAUAAUAAAGAUUGACUGCAUGGA